GCAAUUUAAUCUGCCAUUUUCUAUUUUUCUUUCCAAUUUCUUAAAUAUUCUCCAAGCUGUAGAGUCUGAGAUUUAACAAUUGUCUCUCUGUGGUGUUGAGCAGUGAAUGAGUGAUUCAAUCAUCUAAAAAAAUGGCCGGAAGACAUUACACUGCUGCUUCUGGAACCUUCAAACCCAGAUCUCCGGCAUUAUUUUUACUCCUUGCUCUUCUCGCUCUCACUCUCUUCUACAUCUUCUCCAUCUCCACCUCUUCUAACUCCAUCGGCAACCUCAUCUCCUCCCGGAACCCUAACUCCGGUAUCGAUUACUCCUUCGUUUCUUCACUCGAGAAAUUCCUUACCAAAUCUCCGCGAUCCGUAACGGCCGGUGAAGAUACAGUUUCAGGAACGACGUCGGUGGAGGAUGCUAGAAAAUUAGAUGAUUCCAUUUGGAAGAAUGAGAAUCAAAGGCUUUAUGAUGAGCCGUUUUACCCUGCCUUUUCGCCUCUCAAGGUUUAUGUUUACGAAAUGCCGGCGAAAUUCACUUAUGAUUUGCUUUGGUUGUUUCAUAACACGUAUAAAGAGACUUCUAAUCUUACCUCUAAUGGUAGUCCUGUUCACCGCUUGAUCGAACAGCAUUCAAUUGAUUACUGGUUGUGGGCGGACUUGAUAGCGCCAGAAUCAGAGAGAUUACUGAAGAAUGUAGUUAGAGUAUACAAGCAGGAGGAAGCUGACCUGUUUUAUAUUCCGUUCUUCACUACCAUUAGCUUCUUUUUGAUGGAGAAGCAGCAAUGCAAGGCUCUUUAUAGGGAAGCUCUGAAAUGGGUUAUGGAUCAACCAGCUUGGAAUAGAUCCGAGGGAAGAGAUCACAUACUUCCAGUUCAUCAUCCUUGGUCUUUCAAGUCUGUCCGCAAGUUUAUGAAGAAAGCUAUUUGGUUGCUCCCUGAUAUGGACUCAACAGGGAACUGGUACAAGCCUGGGCAAGUUUAUCUCGAGAAAGACCUGAUACUUCCUUAUGUCGCCAAUCUCGAUCUAUGUGAUGCUAAAUGUUUAUCUUCAUCAAGGAGAACUACGCUGCUAUUUUUCCGGGGAAGACUUAAAAGAAAUGCUGGUGGUAAGAUACGUGCCAAACUUGUGGAAGAACUCCGUGGUGUAGAUGGAGUAUCCAUUGAAGAAGGGACUGCUGGAGAAGGAGGAAAAGAAGCAGCACAGAGUGGCAUGCGAAAGAGUAUAUUUUGCCUAAAUCCAGCUGGUGACACCCCAUCAUCAGCCAGAUUGUUUGAUGCAAUUGUCAGCGGCUGCAUUCCUAUCAUAGUCAGCGACGAACUAGAGCUUCCUUUUGAGGGGAUUCUUGAUUAUCGGAAGAUUGCUCUGUUUGUCUCUUCUAGUGAUGCUUUGCAGCCAGGAUGGCUUUUGUCAUUUCUAAAAAGUGUUAGUACAGCUCAAAUUAAAGAGAUGCAAGCGAACUUGGCUAAGUAUGCUAGGCAUUUUCUUUAUUCUCAUCCAGCUCAGCCGCUAGGUCCUGAAGACUUAGUCUGGAGAAUGAUGGCAGGAAAGCUGGUCAACAUCAAGCUUCACACUCGAAGGUCACAACGGGUGGUGAAAGGAUCCAGAAGUGUGUGCACUUGUGAGUGCAGAAGUCCCAAUGCUACAAGCCCAGGUCCAUUGUCUUGAUUGUAGAUCGCAGAUGUUUCCUUUUUUUGUCACUCAACAAAAAAUUGUCUUUUUUCUCCUUAUAUAAAUUUGCACUUCAACGUUUGAUAUAGUUCUAUGAGACUUGGGCAAAAUGUGAUUGUGUAAGUAAGAACUAAGUAAAUGUGAUUUUU